UCACACUCUUGCAGCUUUUAUUGCAAAUUUUUAUUUCCAUAAUUCAAGAGAAUUUGCAUUUCAGAGCGGAAAAGCAGCGGUUUUGCGUUCAAAUACCAGCCACUGGACAGCCAACUUGAGGAAUCAGCCUUUGGAGUAUCAUCAGUAUUACGUGUUCGGAAUAUAAAUCCCAGUGACCCGUUUCCUUUCGAUGUCCAAUGUCGGCGUCACAACGCGGCGAAUGCAACAACAAAUGAGUCGUAUUGUUCUAAUCGAAUAAAGUGCCGACUAGUCCAAUGAGACGUUAGCGACUAUCAGGAGUAGUCGGCGCCAUGUCCAGUUCGGUGUUUACGGAGUCGCCCAGUGCCCGGCCGGCGGCAGCAGAUGCAGAUUCCAAUCUGGUGGUGGUCUACAGCAAGAAUGGAGUUUCCUUCGACGAGCGCGCCAUCGGGAACAUCAUGGAGGAAAAAUCUAUUUCCACCAUCAGCGUGGUCCGUCUCACUUCGCCUACGCCAAGUAUGGUAGACCAGGAGGAGGCCGAACGGCUAGAGGAGCUGGCCAGCUUCAUGGACACGGCCACGGACUCGGAGCUGGACAGUGACAACGGUAGCCAAAGUGACGACGAGGAUGCCAGCGAUGCGGACGCCCAGGAGGAAGAGAAUCAAAACACUGGCGAGGAGAACAAUGAUGACUCCACGGAGUCGGAAACCGAUGCCCCACGCACACGCAGGCGCGUUGGCCGGAAACCGAAGAUCAUCAAGAAAAAGAAACGUCGCCGGCCAAAGGAACGACCUCAAAUCGUGGGUCUUCGAGUAGAGCAAUUUUAUGCGGACAGCACCGCCGAUAUGGUUGUAAAGAACGCACUAAAGCUCGCCGGAGUUUCCCUCUACAAGAGGACUCCUGAAACAGACGCUUUGAUGGAGGUUAUCCGUAACGACCACAACUACACACCGUUCACCUCUCCCGAGCAGCUGAAGAACCACAAACGGGCCGAGAAAGUGGCAAUGGAUAUGCAGGCCCAGAGUCGCAAGAUCAUAAUGCAGGCACCUAGCAAUGUCAAGCUAAUUAAUGCCAAAAAGCGGAUGCCACCCAUUCACUUCAGUCCGCUGCAGGUAAAGGUCCAGAGACUGCCCGUCAAGCCCCACCAAGUUCAGCAGCCUGCUCAACCGCAACCGCAGUCAAAGGUGCAUCUGAUCCGCAAGACCAUCCAGCAGCCACUGCCAAGACAAAAGCCAGAGAUUAUUACGAGUAGCAUGGUGAACGUCAGGCCGAGACAAACACGGGCUCCCGUUAAGGUGAUUGCUCCCGUGCAGGAGUACAUUGAAGACGACGACGAUGCCCAGAGCUCGAAUGCCGCUGAAGAAGAGACUGCUGAUAAGUCCUACGACACGGAGGAAAUGAGCGAGGACAGCGAUGACUUCCAGGACUCCGACAACGAUAGGGACAGCGACAUGGACUUCGAUAUGAGGCGCAGCGGCGGCCGAAAUCCGAACAAAAGGAAGCGAGUGCGAAAGGUGGUCAGGGCUGUUCAAACGCCCAAAACGGCAAAGCCUCUGCCCCCGCAUCAAUCAACUCCUCAACACUUCCCCGAGCUGAAGAAACGCAAGGAAAUUGUAGAACAGAAGGCUCCGCAGAUCGGUCAAAUCAUCCAGCUGCCUCCGAAGGCGCCGAGCACAGUGAUUGCCUUGGGCAGAGGUCUUCCAAGCACUUCGUUCCUUAAGAUUCGACCAACUCAUCAGACGCUGCCGGUCAAAAAACCUCCACUGCCAACGGCACCGCCAAAUACCAAGGUGCGGCGUAUGCCGGUUCUACAAUAUGGUCGGAUUAUAAACUCCACCACUCCUGGAGUUUUUACAGCGCCGCAACAAGAUGUCAAGGAGAUUAUCAUUAACAAGAACAUGGCCAGCCCUAAGGGCGUGUUCACCAAUCUCAACAGCCUGUUGGGGGAGAACAACAAUGCAACUAUUAAAUCCUCGCCAGAUCCUUCGCGCCAUCGGGCCAUCAUGUCACCGAGCACGCCGAGAUCGAGUUACAGUCAGCAGCCGGCGCCAAUCGUGGUCCCUGUCCCUGCCCAAGCUUCGACCCCAUCCAAGGGCUUCAUGCCCAUCGGCGUGGACACGGCUCAGUCGCAUAAGUUACCCGCCCAAAUAGUGAUCGAGACCCACCAGAGCUCCUCCGAGUUGGCAGCCGAAAACGACAAGCAGCUCGAUCUGAUUAACUCGAUUGUGCAGGACGAAUUGCUUAAGUCAACGUUAGUGGAGGAGCCGCCAGUGAACGCAGACGAAAACAUACCAAAACUUGUGAAGAUGUUGGAAAGUACCGCAGCGGAUCUAAAUCCUGCACCAGUUUCUUUGCCCAAUCAGAACUUUGCCACUUCAGGCUUGGAGGGAGAUGCAGAUUUGGUGGAUCCCAUUGACAUAAUGGAUACGCCCGACGAGGAUGAGAUAACGGCAGAUUUCCUUCAGCACGUAGUGGGUCUUAUCGAGGAGGACAAACAGUUUGAAGCCGAGGUGGUGAAGCAAGUGUUAGCAAGCACCGAACCAGGAGCCCUAGACGCCAUUGUGUCGUUACCCACUUCAAUUCAGCCUGUAGUCCUACCGCAAACAUCCACAGUUCUGCCACAAGCGAAUCUGCCGACUCCUGCAGUCAUUGCAGAACCCGCGCAAUCGAUGACCUCAUUGCCUAUGGCCUGCAGCACACCCUCGAGGAGCGUGGCAAACACUCUGCCCUCCUCGGCGAAGGUAGUGCGUGGCAACGGUCGAGUCAUUUACCUGCCUCCCAUGGAAGCGCCCACCACGCGGGCCAAGCGUCGAGCGCAGUUUCCCUCGUCCUCGGGAAUGUCCACCAGCAGCACGGCGGAAUCGGGCAACCUCUCCUUUGGCGAAACGUCGCUGGAUACGAGCACCAAUCAACUGGCCAAUAGCAGCAGCCUGAGCAAUGACAGUCAAUCGGGAAUUGGGCCAAAACGUCCAAAUCCCAGAGAACCAUCGAUGGCCAGGCGUUCCACAGUGCCCAGAAGAUCUAAGAAGCUUAACACAAGUCAAAACAAUGAUCCCGAGGCUUCCGAAUCUCAAGAGGACGAUGAUGACCCCAAUAAGCUUUGGUGUAUUUGUCGUCAGCCACACAACAAUCGUUUUAUGAUCUGUUGCGAUCUCUGUGAAGAUUGGUUCCACGGAACAUGUGUGGGAGUAACCAAGGCCAUGGGCACAGACAUGGAAAACAAGGGCAUCGACUGGAAGUGCCCCAAGUGUGUAAAAAUGCAGGAAGAGAAGAGCCAACCACGAAUAACAGACAUGUUAGUCACCAGAACACCCGCUCAAAUUGAGGAAAAACCUAUUGAAACCAAAGUACUAACGGCACCAGCGGAGAUUGUUCAUGUUGCGACUCCUUUGGCACCCAGGCGAACUCUACCCGUGGGUGUUACUGUGGCAAGUUCUCCUAUACGUGUUCCCAUGGUGAAACCAGCCAAGAAGUUUCCUCCCAGCACAAUCCCUCACCAGCAGCAGCAGCUAAACUUUAUCAAAUUGGGUCCAACACCUGGUAACCGGGUUUCGGAGACAGUUUGUGUGGUCUGCAAGCGGCCAGCGGGUCCGAAUUCAGUUUACUGUGGCGAAGAAUGCAUACGAAAGUAUGCACAAAACGCUUUUCACGCCCACACCGCUACGAAGAGCCCAGAAAGUCCGUUGCCACACAAUGCCAGCGCCCAAUCGCCACUGAACAACUCUUUGGAGGCCAAGAAAAAAAAGAAGGAUCUCUUUGAGGACGUGUUGAGGCAAGCGGACUCUGUCUCGAAAGUGGAACGGAUAAAUGUGUUUGAGCGUAGAACUGGAAGAGUAAUCACCGGCCAUUUGGCACCCACCGCCCAUCAGUUCCGAAAAUGGCUACAAGAGAAUCCUACCUUCGAGGUCUUGCCCUCAGGAGCCUUCCAAUCAACCGACCCAGAGAAGCGUCUGCUUAAACGGCCAUUGGAAUCACCCUCAUCCACCGAAGUGGCCGUACCUGCAGUAGCAAAGAAGACGCUUGAAACCGCGACUAGAUUAUCUCAACCCAUCACGGUUCAGGUAAACCCAGUGGCCGUCUCCUCCAUGCGACCCUUGCCCAAAAAGGAGAAAGAGAAGCCUCCCUCACAGUUAACCACACCUAGUCGUAGUCCUGGCAAGCCAGAGCCAGUUCGAAUUGGCAUUCGGCGGUCACUCAGGGAGCAAUUGCUGGCGCGGAUCAAGGAGGCCCAGGCUGCAGAGCUAACCUCUGGCCAGACCACAACGCAAUGGCUGACAGCACUUCAGGUGGACCAGUUCGUAAAGGGCGUGGAGUCGGAAAUGUUUAACUCGUUCGGAAGAGACGUGGGAGCCAAGUAUAAGGCCAAGUAUCGGUCGCUAAUGUUCAACAUUAAAGAUCGCAAGAACAAGACUCUCUUCGAGAAAAUUUGUGCCAAUCAAGUGGAACCAAAGCAACUGGUGAGAAUGACACCCGAGGAGUUAGCUAGCCAAGAGUUGGCCAAGUGGCGAGAGGAGGAGAAUCGACACCAGCUGGACAUGAUCAAGAAAUCAGAGCUAGACAUGCUGUCGUGCGCCCAAAACUAUUUAGUGAAAACUCACAAGGGCGAGGAGGUUAUCGCCAGCAAGGUGGAUGUUACGCUGCCCGAUGAAGACGUUAACGAACCAACAACGGUUGACAAAAAACAGUCGUCGCUGGUCAGUGAAUCGGAUACCUCCUUACUAGACCGCUCCUCAUCUAAAGAUAAGUCGGGAACAUCGAAGGAGAAGCGCCACAAGAGCCACAAACAUCAUCAUCGCAAACGCAGUCGAAGUCGAUCGAACAGUCGGGGUCGAAACGUCGAGAAGCGUCAUCGCAGGCACCACAACGAAGGGGAUUCUGUUACUAGUUCUGGCGGAGGAGAACGAGAGCAUCGCUCCCGCGAGAAACAAAGUAGAGAUAGAGACGAAGUUGUCCGCUCGCCUUCACUUAAAAAGCGAGAAGAAAGCAAUCAGUCGCCGGUGGCUAAGAAGAUUCCGGAAAAGAAAACAGAGGCGAGUGCCAAUAAUCUGAUUGAUCAAAUUCUGGAAUCGGAGAAAACAGUUGAGCAGGCUGCGAAUCUGGGACAACCUAAACCGUCACCCAAGCCGCUUCCAACGCUGCCAAGUUCCACGAAAGCACCCGAGCCAUCAGAUAGCUACUCCCGCUAUGUGCAGGGCUUGAACACGAGUGCACUGUGGUCCGGGCCACUAAAGAUGAUUGACGUGACCGACUUCGAGAUGGCCAUGUACCCGGUUUUGGGUAACUGUCUUCAGCUGGGCAAGCUAAUGCCCAGCCGGCUGGACGUGAUUGGUCGCAUUACCCGCGUUAAUGUCUGGGAUUACAUCACAAAGCUGAAGAAGAGCCCCACAAAGGAAGUCGUAAUCGUAAAUAUCUUCCCCGCAUCCCCUAGCGAGACGUUCAAGUUCGACCACUUCUUCGACUACCUCGACUCGCGUCAGCGGCUGGGCGUCAUGGGAGUGGAUUCAGAUCAGAUCAGGGACUUCUACAUAUUCCCCUUGGGCAGCGGCGAUGAGUUGCCGCCGGCGCUACAGACCACGGUACGCGUGCCUUUUUACGAGGACGCCCAAAGACCCAACACACUGCUGGGUAUCAUUGUGCGUUGUCUGAGCAAGCGACCUGUAGAGACCCAGUCUACGCCUCCAUCAGUGCCUUCUCCGGUUCCCUCAUCAAGCAAUAAGAUGGCAAAGAAAUCUCGCAGCACAACCUUGUUUACGCCGCAAGGCAGUCCCAAACGCAAGGCGAGCACCCACUCCACCAGCUCCAAAGAAGAUGAGUUCGAUAUUGAUGCCAUUAUCAAGGCGCCAAUCACAAAGCUGCAGAAGACGGUACCGAAAGCUGUGCCCCUGCCUCCGAUGCAAAAUGAUGCCGAUGAACCCUACUCGCCUGGGGGCUCCGACGAAGAGUUGGUGCCGGCUGCUCCAAGAAUCGCAAACGAUAUUGAGCGGCAGGUAAACGAAAUUAACAAACAAAUUGCCGCGCAACAGAUGGAAAUUGCCGGCCUGCUUAAAGUAGAGCCUUCUGGAUCUGCGUCCUCAUCGAAUGUACUAGCUGGCAUAUCUAUUCCACCAAAUCUUUCAAGAAUCCUGGCAAGCAUCAAGGACAAGUCGGAUCCAUCGGCCAAUGCCGUCGACGGCGAUGAGGAAUACAAUCCCGAGGACGCCAUCACUACGACCAGUUCGUUUGCAUCGAAGCCCAAGAGCAAAAGUCGGUUGGCGCAUCUAAGUGAAGCUGAGCUUCUUAGCAUGGUGCCGGACAAUAUGGCAGGUGUGAUACCUAGCUCGUUAAAGACCCGCCACCAGCAGCAUCCACCGCCGCUUCCGCCACCGCCACCUCCUCCGGGUGUCUAGGGAAUCCCACCUGAAGUAGGCCUUCAACCCGCGCGCUAAUCCUUUUAUCGUUAUUAGUUUCUGAAUGAAAUUCACGACUUUUGAUUUGAAAUUGUCUCUCGCCCCUCCCCCCUCAUUGUGUACAUUCUCAUCCAGCGAUUUCAAUACCAUCUAUGUAUUAUAUAACUGGCCAAUCGGAACUAUUUGGUUUUCACCCCCAACCACACCGCCCCGCACUUUAACAGGAUCCCCCAUCGCAUUGCAAUGCAAAUUAUGAAUCGGUUUUCACAUUAUACUCUAACAACUCCUGUACAUUUCCUCGAAAAUAAAAAGUGCUACGUAACAUUUGUUUUAGAGAUACGAUAA